AGUUGCAUUAUGCCUUUCUAAAGUUUUUAUCAUCUCCAAGUGAAGAAUAAUGCCUCAGUUUUGUGUGAAAUGGGCUGGAAAUGAAUAUGAGAUUGAUGGCCUGCAAGAAUCUCACACAGUUUUUGAUUUAAAAGAGGCUAUAGCUAAGGAAACACAGGUUCUCCCUCAUCGACAGAAGCUUCUGAAUCUCAAAUGCAAAGGAAGGCCUGCCCCAGAUGCCACACAGUUAGGCCAGUUGGACCUCAAAGCAGGAUUCAAGGUUAUGAUGGUUGGUUCCCGUGAAGAGACAAUCUCCAGUGCAAUAGAGAAGCCAUCUGAUCUCCCAGUGGUUGAAGAUGAUUUUGAUAUCAAAGAAGAGAAAAUUGAUGUCAAGGAUCGUCAGGAAUUCCUCUGCAAGGUAGAGAGGCGGAUUCGUGAAUACAAAAUAAAUCAGUUGAAUGAACCAAGGAAAGGAAAGAAGCUUCUAGUUUUGGACAUUGACUACACUCUCUUUGAUCACCGUUCCAGUGCUGAAUCUGGAGCAGAACUCAUGAGGCCCUACCUGCAUGAAUUUCUCACUUCUGCCUAUGAGGAUUAUGAUAUUGUGAUCUGGUCAGCAACAAGCAUGAAGUGGGUUGAAGAGAAGAUGAAACUCUUGAAAGUCUCCUCAAAUUCCAGCUAUAAGAUAGUCUGUUUCAUGGAUGACCUGGCCAUGAUAUCAGUCAUGUCUGAGAAACAUGGAUUUGUCAAUGUCAAGCCCCUUGGUGUCAUUUGGGGCAAGUAUCCACAGUACAAACCAUCUAACACCAUCAUCUUGGAUGAUUGUAGUAGGAACUUCCUCAUGAAUCCUCAGAAUGGACUCAAGAUUCCACCAUUUCGAGAAGCUCAUCUUAAUCGCCACAAAGACAGAGUUCUUCUCCAUAUGUCACAGUAUCUCAAAAGCAUUGCCAAGAUGGAUGACUUCUCAUCCCUUGAUCAUUCCAAGUGGCGAAAGUACCUGUGAUCCUUUUCAUUAUGUCAGCAUUCAUGGAAACUUUCAUGUAAGGUCUUGUAUUUGAUAAUUAAACUUAUUUUUUUAAUGCUGUAAGUGGUUCUGCAUUCUGAAUUGGAUUCAAGGGAUAUCUCAAGAUUUUCAAAUCAGUGGCUGGGUUCAGUUUUAUAGAUUGUACUAAUAUUAAAUGUUACAAGUACAUUACUAGUGCGUUUUACAAAUUUGCUUUUCAUCGGAAUACAAAUUGUAACUAGUAAUUAAAAGCAGAAAGACAAUUUUGCAGAAUUUAAAAUAUAUAUUUUUACCCCUGUUUUAUGGAGCUACAGCAUACAAAAAUUGCAUGUGAAGGAGCAAAAGACUUAGCACCCUCAAAGUUACUGUGCCCUGUAUCAUGUGGUCUGGUG